AUGCUUAGAUUAGCGCAACAACAGACGCAAGUGAUCAAGGGCAGGCUACCCAAUCAGUUUGCCCAUGCUUCUGCAAGGAAUUCUUUCAACCAUUCUAUAAGGUUUAACAGCGCUGUAGCAUUAGAAAGACAAGAUUCUGGCAACGGACCAUUACCUCAUAAUAACAAAAAUAGUGCUACAAGUCAAAGUGCUAAACAAGCUAAUGCUGCAGUUAACAAAGUGCGCCAUUUACGUAAUCAAUUGGGGUCACAACCGUUCCCACCUGCCUACAGUAAAAACCGUCAAGGUGCUCAUCCAUCAACACCUGUAGAUUCCCCAUGGUAUCACAAAGUAUGUGCCUUUGAAGAAUGUGUUGCUCAAACACUAUACAUGUCUCAGACUCCUAGACGUAGAUCGAUGAGACAACCAACAGAUCACCCAACUUCAAAUGCAAAUCCAUUAUUUUGGGAUUCUAUUGCAAGAGCUAUGGAUUUAUACCACGAUUUGAUAGAUACUCCAGAGUUAAAUUCCGACCGUGUGUCUCGUUUGGUCCAUUUGUUGCACAAUGGGUUAAGAGCUAACAGAAAUCAAUUGACUAGAAUGAACAAAAAGCCAGAUUACGAUUCUCAGAGUUUCCAUAAAGAGAUGACCAAUUAUUUGUGUAAAUCUUUGAGAGAAGUUGCAGACAACAUGUUGACAAAUAAAGUUGAAUUGAAUGAAUACGGUGCCAUGCAUUUGAUUACCGCGUUCAAGGAAUUAUUACUAUUUGAAGAGGCUGUCAGUAUUUGGAAAGCCGCCAUCAAUGGUACAAAUCCAUAUUCUUCCAACAUUUUCUUAAAUCCUCGUGUGGUUGGUGUCAUUCUACCAAUUCUUUAUGAUCACGGCGUUCCAUAUCCUGAAAUUCAAGCACUUUAUGAAAAGUCCUCAUCUAUGAUUAAUUAUUUCCAUCCAAACCUUUCUGUUGGUAUGAUUAGAGCCAGUUUGUCAGCAGGUGAAAAUGAAAUGGCAUUAAACCUUUUCCAACAGUUAUGUGAAGAAAGUACAGAGAUGAAAUACGGAUACUUGAUAGAAACUCAUUUAUCCUUUAUUGGUGAGUGUAAUGAUUUGAACGUUGCACAAACUUUUUUCGAAAAGGCCUUAAAGGAUGAAAUGCCUUACAAGAUUGAUCUACAAGUCUCUUAUGUCAAAUCUUUCUUAAGAAACGUUUGGAAUCAAACUCAUGAUUUGCAAAUGGUCUACGAUAUCUGGUACAAAUCAUCUGUUCAUUAUGGUAGAGAUGUUAAUCAUGGUAUUUCUUCAUCCUUGAACGACACAUUCUUUGACAUUUUUUUCCAAAACUAUGCUAAUGAUGAGGUUUCCGGUUUCCAAGCAUUACAAAGUUUGAUCCAUACUUAUAAUGAAAUUAAGAGAAUUGACGAACCAUUUUUCAACAUCAUUUUGGCUAAGUGUUCUGUUUGGCGUGAUCGUAAGAUCAUUGAAUAUAUCGAUAAGAGUUACGAAUUGUUCAACAUUCCAAAGACUAUUGUCGCCUACAGAAUUUUGUUGAAAUCAAUGGGGUCUGUUGAUGAUGCCAGUAGUUUGGAAAUCUUACAAAGAUGGAUAGAUCUAGUCAGUAAAUCUGAUGAAGCUGGUCAGAAAUUUAUUGCUAAUGCAGAUUGGGCCGCUCUAAGAGACGCCACCGUCACUUGGACUCAAUAUAUGAGAGAUUUAACUGAAAAUGGUGGUGGUGUUAAUGCUGGUUCCGACCGUGAUUCUUUACAUUCUUCAUCUAGCGGUAGUGAGGCUAACAGACAGUUGUUUGCAGAAAUUGGUGGUGAUGUAGAUUACUCCCAUCCAGCUUUGCAAGCAGCUAAUGCUUCAGGUGCAUUUGAUGAUAUGGAAGCUCAGCAAGAGGAAAUGCAACAAAGUCAAAAUCAAUUACAACAAGAACUUGGUGAGAGAAUGAGUUUGUAUUUGAAGAUUGUCAAACGUUAUUCACCAUACUGUCGUGAUCCUAGACAAUUGACUAGAUUGACGUCAGGAACUGCUGUUAAAUAUUCCGUUUUAGAGGAGGUAUUACCCGAGUAUGGUAGUCUAGAUGUUUCUGAUAUUCCGGUACCUGAAUUUCAUAACAUUAGACAAACCAACAUUCAGUAG